AGCAUCUCUCGGAAGGGGUGAUCAGUCGCUCAGUAUCGAAAAUUCGUGCACGGGAUGCAAGCAUAGUUAUAAGACAUUUAUAACUAUCAAACGAGGCAAUCUUGCUGUAAAUUCGAAAUUGUGAAAAGAGUAAAUUACAAUCGCAGAAAUUACUACCAACAUCGAAUGGGAUAAGUGCAAGGGACUGCGUCGUUUCGCGUCUCGGGUAAAAAAAAAGCCACGGAGUGUUCGAUUUGCACCAUCGAUGGCAGAUCACGACAAUAUUUACGACGACGAGGAGCUAGUUUCAACGAAUCCAAAUCAAAGGAACUGGCGUGGGAUUUUAAUAGCGUUGCUCGUGAUCGUCGCGGUCCUAGCUCUUAUCGUCACAUCUGUAGCUUUGCUCACACCCCCUGAUGAUGGCCCUAGAGUACGAGGGACACGAUUACGUCUCUCCGAGGUGCUCUCCAAUGAAUUAUCUCCUUUAUUGUUCAAUGGAUCCUGGGCGAGUAACCGCCAUAUAUGUUAUCGAGAUGUUUGGGGUGGUAUUUCUUUGUUAGAUGUUUCGAACAUGAUGUCGCGCAGUUUAAUGCCAAACGAGACAUUCAGACGAUUGAAUCCAGUAAAAUUCUCUUUAUCGCCGGAUCAUAGAUUCUUGCUUCUUGCUCAAAAUGUGAAGAAACUAUUUCGCUACUCGUACUUGGCGCAAUAUGUCGUUUAUGAUCUUAAUUCACGAGAGUGCAUAGUGUUAACACCAUAUCCAGAGAAAGACAGUCAUCCGUAUCUUCUAUUAGCACAAUGGACUCCACGUGGUCAUGGACUCGUUAUGAUACAGGACUACGAUAUUUAUUACAGAACAAGUCCCAUUAGUAAUACUGCGUAUCGUGUAACGAACAGUGCAGUGCCCGGUAUAUUGACCAAUGGCGUACCAGAUUGGUUGUACGAAGAGGAAAUAUUGCAUAGUGGAGAAGCAAUUUGGAUGUCGCCAGAUGGUCACAUGAUGCUUUAUGCCUCGUUUAAUGAUUCUCUUGUAGAAGAGAUGCACAUUUCAUGGUUUGGGGAGGGAAACAAAGCUUUAUAUCCCGAUAUACGAUCUUUACGAUAUCCCAAGCCAGGAACACCAAAUCCUUCUGUACAACUGUACGUUGCCGAUUUAGUUGACCCGAAAAAUAUUCGUACGAGGAUAGUAAAGCCACCACCAAUCAUCGAGCAUACGGACCAUUAUUUCUCAACUGCUUCCUGGAUAUCUCUGACGGAAGUCUGUAUAACGUGGUUGACGCGUGCUCAAAAUUUUUCAGUAGUUACCAUCUGUAAAAGUCCAAUGUGGCACUGUCAGGAAAUACAAAGGAUAUCGGGCGAGAAUCGUGGAUGGGUGGACACUCCACCCGAAGCUCCUCUCUUUUCAACAAAUAGCACCAGUUACAUCGCAAUAAGUCCCGUAAAAGAUGGACCGGCGGGAUAUUACAAGCACAUCGUUUGGGCUAACGUGCUCCGAAAACAAGUAGUGCCUUUGACGCAUGGAAAAUUUGAGGUCGUUAAACUUUUAGUAUGGGACCAAGUGAAUAAUACUAUAUAUUUCAUCGGUAUUCCGUAUAUGAGACCGGGUCAGAGACAUCUCUAUCGUGUAAGCGCCACUCUUCCGCAUACGGGAUCGCCUUUGCGUCCUGCUGUCUGCCUUACGUGCACCACUUCGUCUGAUGUAACAAAUGAUGACGAGAGCGGACGUCGGACUAGUUCUUCGAAUUGGCAAAAUGGUCUCGUCAAUCGGAACGAAUGGCACGAUCAUCAUGAAAUUCCAACCGACAAUAUCAACAGUAAGGAACAUCGUCAAACGAAGGAUAUCUCCAAAAAGGACAAAUUGAAAAAGAGGAACGCUUUAAAAAGCGGCGAUCCACCUUGUCAAUAUCACAACGCGAUCUUCCCGUCCGCGGAUUUCGAAUAUUUCGUUCUCGAGUGCCUUGGACCUGGUAUACCUACCGUGGGCCUUUACAAAAUGGAAAUGUCCGUGCCGCGACUCAUUGCAACAUUGCAGAAUAACACGUUGUUACGCGAAAGAAUAGGAAGCAUCGCACUUCCGCAAGUAAAGACAUUCCCCGUGCAGAUAAGUGGCGGCUACAAUGCCCAAGUGAGAUUGCAUCUACCACCCGGGCUAAGAGAAGACGAGAUUACUCGUUACCCGUUGGUUGUUCAGGUAUAUGGUGCUCCUGGAUCGCAAUUAGUCACCGAGAUGUUUAAAGUAGAUUGGAACACGUAUUUGGCUAGUCGGAGAAACGUUAUUGUCGCACAGAUCGAUGGCAGAGGAAGCGGAGGACAAGGUUAUAAAUUGCUUCACGAGGUUUAUUAUAGACUAGGUUCUGUAGAAGUGGCUGACCAACUCGAAGUUACAGAAUACUUAAGGGAUUCAUUGCAUUUCGUGGAUAAACGAAGAGUCGCCGUAUGGGGCUGGAGUUACGGCGGUUUCGUUGCUGCUCUUGUCCUAGCUCAUCCGGAACAAAAGGUGUUCCAGUGUGGAAUAAGCGUCGCGCCUAUCGUCUCAUGGGAGCUUUAUGAUUCUGCAUUUGCCGAGAGGUACAUGGGAUUACCGAAUGUGACAUCCAAUUACAAAGGUUAUGCCGAAUCCAACGUUUAUGACAAAGUAAGGUAUCUUCGUGAUAAGAUGUUUUAUUUAGUACACGGGACUGCGGAUGACAACGUUCAAUUCCAACAGUCUAUGGCACUUGCCCGUCAUCUCGCUAAAGAAGGCAUACUUUUCCGACAACAGGUUUAUCCGGAUGUGAGUCAUACUUUGGCGGGUGUAAAGGGACACUUGUACCUUUCCAUGGAACAGUUCUUGGAAGACUGUUUUCUAAAACAAGUACCUGCUGACACGAAAGCUGGACUUGGCAGCGGCGGCUCUGGUGGCAUGUACUAAUAUUAAGAGAGAUAACGAUUAUGUAUAGAUAUCUACGAGUUGUUUAAAAUUGCAUAAAAAAAGGAAAAGAGAAAACAAAGAAAAUUGUGAAAAUCUAAAUAUCUCCAAAUUGUGUUCCGUCUAAUAGAAUAUUUAAAGAAGAUAUGUGCAUGACCCGUUUUGUACUCCAAUACUCGAAAUUAUUAAGUGCAAUGAGACGUAUGUACAAUCAUCCCGUGCAUGAUUUACAGUGCGUUUACACCGGUUAAAAAAGCACGAAUCGAUCAUUUAAUCAAAUAAAUUAUCUAUAAGAUA